AUGCGAAUGUGCUCCCUAUUUGGCGAUCCACAUUUGCAACGAUUUGAUGGUACAACGCAGUCCUGCACAGAAGAGGGAGCUCGGCCCCUGGUCGAUAAUCGGCACUUUUUGGUGCAAGUGACGAAUGCGAACAUCCGAAACGAGCCGCAUACAACAGCGGUUAACAAGAUUACCGUGCUGAUUCGCAGUCACAAUUGCACUCGAUCGCUUCAUUAUGAGGCUGCUUCAGAUGAAGAGACGCUGCCAAUAUCAUUCGUAGAUGGAGUGAGCAGUUACAAGACUGAUGACGGUCGGGUUUCCGUUGAGAUCAUAGCUCACGGUAAUUAUGUGGAAAUAGUUAUGCACCAUAUUCAUUCCAGUGUACAUAUACGCCGAAGGGGACCUUACCUGAGCGUUAUCGUAAUGGUCCCCGAAAAUCUCCAAUGGAAAUCUACAUCAUCUGAGACACUAUGUACUACCGGGUGUCGAAAUCAAUCAAUAAUUGCAAUCGAUAAAGUUCUUGCCGCUCCUAGUCAAUAUGCUAAGUGUUAUGCACGAAAACUGCAUGUACCAAUCAAGCUUGCUAUUGGUCAGAUCGAUGUCGAACUGUAA